AUGGAUCAAGACCUGAAGUCCUCCAAGUACAAGGCCUACAACCUGGAGGUGUUGCCCGAGGCAGAGCUUUACAGUCAGCAUACAGAGAACUUACAUGGAGUUGCAGUGAACGGAAUUCCACUUUAUCCCAAUGAAACGCCUGGGAAUCCACGACUGAGCCGGUUUGUGGUGCAGGGAUGUCAAGAUGUUUGGGCUGCAGUAAUCUUUGUUGCUAUGCUUAUUAUGUCUGUGGCAUGGGGUUCCGCAAAUCUGGCGACGUAUGAGCCUAUUCCUUUAAAUUCAACCGGGCACAGAACAAUCGCCAUAGAUGCCAGCAAUGUGAAGGUUUCCACAUUUGUACUCUUGUUUGUUAUCUUUGCCGUUUCUAUCCUUGGAGCCUGCGGUUCACUGAUGCUAAUAGGUACGUUUCCGAGGCAGAUUAUCUUCAUUGCGAACGUUAUGACAGCCGUGUUAACUUUGGUUGGUGCAGUCGUGGCAUUUAUCUCCGGUGUCAUUUUUGCCGGUUUCCUGCUCGUUAUUGUAUGUUUUUUUCAAGUUAUUUGGCUGUACUUAGUGCGAGACCGUAUUAUGUUCUCUGCGGAGCUUCUCAAAGCCUCAUCAGAAGUUCUUUCAAAAUACAAAGCUGUGUUUUUAUGUACGUUUUUCAUGACUGCCACUUCUUUUGUUUACAUGAUAUUUUGGAGUGCGAUGUGUUUUCCCGCUGCUGACCGAACAAAUGCCGGGUAUGAUAACGCGGGGGACGGAUUUUUACUUACAUUCUUCAUGCUGCUUCUUUUUUGGGUUUCAGAGGUGGUGGCCAAUGUCAUUCAUGUGACAACAGCCGGUGUAACAGCUACCUGGUACUUCGCGGGGGAAGGACGUAUGCCAAAGAACCCGACAAUUGCCUCUUUUAAGCGUGCCGUGACAACCAGUUUUGGAUCUAUUUGUUUUGGUUCUCUCAUUGUCGCCGUCAUACGCCUCUUACGAUGGAUUGUGGAAAGUACACGUGACAACCAGAACGAGUUUAUUCACUGCGUCACAAGUUGCCUCUUGUCCUGCCUGGAAUCGAUAUUGGAGUACUUUAAUACGUACGCCUUUGUUCAUGUUGCAGUGUAUGGGUGUGGUUAUAUUGAGGCCGCCAAGCGAACCUGGCAGCUAUGCAAACAGUGCUUUUUUGCCGCCUAUUUUAAUGAUGCGCUUAUUGGCCCCACAUUGACUAUUCUCUCCCUUGGUGUCUCGGCACUGAUUGGCAUUGUAGUGGGACUGGUAUAUACGUCCACCACUAUUGGGGCGUUUUCCUUCCUGGGCGCGCUGAUUGUGCAUAUACUCUUCUUUUCUGUGGUGGAAAGUGCAGUGACAACGCUCUUUGUCUGCUUUGCGGAGGUUCCGGAGGGACUGCAGUACUCCUCGCCAGAGCUAUACGCCGCACUGCACCACGCAGACCAGAAUGGCACGAACAACAACGCCGCCUCCCCAUAG